AUGUCAAAGGUACCACGUUCUUUCAGACUGUUGGAGGAGCUGGAGAAGGGUGAAAAGGGAUCUGGCCCUGACUACUGUUCAUACGGCCUUGUUGAUUCUGGUGAUUCCACGCUAACCGAAUGGAACGGAACCAUACUUGGACCUCCUCACUCUGUUCAUGAGAAUAGAAUCUACACCCUCAGCAUCCACGUCGGUAACGAAUACCCUGAAGUUGCCCCUGUUGUGAAGUUCAUAUCAAGGGUCAACUUACCCUGUGUUAGGGAGGACGGUUCAAUAGAUUUGUCAAAGUUCGACACGCUGAACCACUGGAAAAGAUCGUACACCAUUGAGCACAUCCUCGUUGACUUGAGAAAGGAGAUGGCUAAGCCUGAGAACAAGAAAUUGAAACAACCGGAAGAGGGAAGUACGUACUGA